AUGUCUCGCUUUGUCCUCAGCCUCGUGGCCCUCACCGGCCUCCUCGGCUCGGCAGACGCCCAGAACAGCACCGGAAGCAGCGCCAACGUCAAGUGGCUCGGUCGCACGCCCUCAUACAACUCUGGCACGACGUUCGGUCUUCCCUGGGCCAAGGGCAAGCACUACCCCAACUCGACCGAGUUCACCAUCUCCAGCGGCGGUCCGUUGCAGUCGUGGGUGACGGCCUACUGGCCCGACGGCUCCAUCAAGUGGUCCGCCCACGCGAUCCCCGAGUCCGACACGAUCCUCGACGAGUACAUCGUCAGCGCGUCCUCCUCAAACUCGACGGCUCGAUUCUCUCGUGCGAAGAGACAGUCCAACAGCGGUCUGGCCGUGACGGACUCAUCCGAUGUCGUAAGCGUCGACACCGGCAAGCUUGCCAUCACCUUCCCAAAGUCAGGCAAUGCGGUCGUCAGCGAGAUCAAGACUGCCUCCGGCAAGGUCAUCGGCCAGAACGGCAAGCUAGUCCUGCACUCUCAGUCUGGUGUUGAGGAUUACGCCGAGGCCAAGGGUCAAUCCGGGAUCAACUACUUCAACUUCGAGAGCAACAUCGAAGAGGUCACCGUUAGCAAGGACAACACCGCGCGAGCUCUUGUCACUGUCCGCGGCAAACACCAGGCAGCCGACGGCGGUCACGAUGAUUGGCUUCCCUUCAUUCUGCGCUUUUACACCUACGCCAACUCCGAGGCGGUGCGCAUCGUCCACACGGUAGUCUACGACGGCAAGGCCGAGGAGGACUUCAUCUCCGGCCUCGGUAUCCGAUUCGAGGUUCCUCUUGAGGGAGAAGAACAAUACAACCGCCACGUCAGAAUCUCUGGUGUCGAUGGAGGUUUGCUCAGCGAGGCCGUCCAGGGUAUCACUGGACUGCGCAGAGAUCCUGGUGCCCAGGUCCGAACUGAUCAGUUUGAGGGCACCGAGCUCGCUGACCCUGCGACCUGGGACCAGAGAGUCACGACUAGACUUCACUGGAUCCCCACCUGGAGCGACUACAGCUUGACCCAACUGUCCCCCGACGGCUUCACUUUGAAGAAGCGCACCAAGGCUGGCCAAGGAUGGAUCAACAUCCCUGGCGGCACUCGUGCCGGCGGUCUCGCGUAUCUUGGUGGUGCUACCAAGGGUGGUCUUGCCGUCGGCCUGCGCAACUUUUGGAAGCGCUACCCUACUGGCAUCGACAUCACCAACGCCGCUACCGAGAAGGGCGAGAUCACUAUCUGGAUCUACAGCCCUAACGCCCCUCCUCUGGAUCUUCGUCCCUUUCAUGAUGGUCUUGGGCAGGAGGACUACGCCGAUCAGCUCGAUGCUCUCGAGAUCACCUACGAGGACUACGAGCCCGGCUUCAACAACCCCUACGGCAUCGCCCGCACCAACGAGAUCUUCCUGUACGGCUUUGAGCAAACCCCCAACCGAACCCUGCUGUCCGACUUGUCCGACCACAACAACAACCCUCCCGUCCUCUUUGGCGAAUCCGAGUAUCUCGCCGAGACCAAGGCCAUCGGCACCUACUGGGCUCCUCCCGUCGCCAACCCCAACGCUCAGGCUGCCAAGAUUGAGGACCACCUCGACUUCUUGUUCAAGUUCUACGAGGGCCAGGUUGAGCAGCGCAAGUGGUACGGCUUCUGGGACCACGGCGACUUCAUCCACGCCUACGACACCGACCGUCACCAGUGGCGUUACGACGUCGGUGGCUACGCCUGGGACAACUCGGAGCUUUCUCCUGAUCUGUUCUUCUGGAACUACUUCCUGCGCACCGGACGCGAGGAUGUUUACCGGUUUGCUGAGGCUCAGGUCCGCCACACCGGCGAGGUUGACGUCUACCACCUGGGCGAUCUCAAGGGUCUCGGUACCCGUCACGGAGUUCAGCACUGGGGCGACAGCGCCAAGCAAGCUCGUAUCUCCACUCCUCAGUACCGUAAAGUCUUCUACUACGUCUCCGGAGGCGACGAGCGUGUCGGUGAACUCAUCGAGGAGCUUCUCGACACCGACAAGACCUACGGUGUCCUCGACCCUAACCGUAAGGUCCGCACCGACGGCUGGGUUCCCACUCCCAACGCUUCUGUCGCUGUCGGCCUCGGAACUGACUGGUCCGCCCUUGCGGCCGGUUGGCUCAUUGAAUGGGAGCGUCGUGGUCCUCGCUGGGAGGAAGCCCGCACCAAGCUUGUCAACACCGCCGCAAGUAUCGCCAAGCUCAAGAACGGCUUCGUCACCGGCUCUGGUCUGUACAGCAUCGCCAACGGCACCCUCGGCCCGCCCCCUGCGGACCCCAAUAACGAGGGUCUUGUCGCUGUCUCCCACUUGUCCGCUGUCUUCGGUCUCCUCGAGGUCGUCGCCGAAUUCAUCGAGCACGCCGGUGAGGAAGUCCCCGAGGGUUUCGAGGCUGCUUGGUAUGACUACUCGUACUACUACGGCGCUGGCGCAGCUGAGCAGACGGCCCGCUACGGCAAGUCUUUCGGCAGCCUCAACCUCAAGCAGGGACACUCUCGUCUCACUGCUUACGCUGCCCACCGCCACAACAACGCGACGUUGGCUGCUCGCGCAUGGAAUGAGUUCUUCAACACUGAUGGCUUCAAGGAGUCUUCGCCUUGGAGCACGGUCCACUUCAACGGCAGUGCAGUUCUGACUCCUAUUGAUGAGGCUGCUUGGGUUUCUACCAAUGAUGCGGCGUUGUAUGGGUUGGCCUCGAUUAUCAACCUUGCUCUUGUGGGAGAGUACCUGAGUUAG